AUGUCAAAUGAUCUAAUUGACCAUCCACCGAUUGAUUUGAUGUGUAAUAACUUCACAAUGAAAGACAACUUUGUAAAUGUUGUACACCCGUCGAAAAGAGGACGUCGGGCAUCCUCCAGUAGCUUGUCAAAAGAUGUUGCUGAGUUGCAACAGGAAAAAAAGAUAUCACUAAUCAAGGCAUGGGAAGAAAGUGAAAAAUCCAAAGCUAUGUUGAAAUUAUUGAGGAUUUGUCAUAAAAAGCUAUCUGCCAUUGGAGCGUGGGCGAACAGCAAGAAACCAUCUAUAGAGGCCGAGUUGAAAAAGAUUGAGGAAAGGUUGGAGAAGCAGAAAGCUGAAUAUGUGGAGAAAAUGAAAAGCAAAGUAGCUAUGGUACACAAGGCGGCAUCAGAAAAGAGGGCAAUGACUGAAGCUAAACGUGGGGAAGAUAUUCUCAAGGCAGAGGAAAUGGAUGUUGAAUACCGGGCCACUGGAACUGGUUUUAAGAAGCUCCUUGGUUGUUUUUCAGUUGUGAAAUUUCAGCUUGUUGCAAAAAACCAUGAAAGACAGGCCAACGCAUGCAUCCUUAUAAAGUGGGGGAUCAUAGAGGCAUUGCUCCGAUCCCCCAAAUGUCGUUUUACCUUUGUUAGGAUUUAUAAGGGAUUUCUUGAUUCAGAACCUGAUGAUCGUGAUUCAUGA